AUGACGACAAUUCACACCCUCUCGUCCCUCUCAUCACAGGCCUACGCCGCGCCUUCGCCGCCCCGCUCCCAACCGCCCUCACCCAUCGUCUCGCGCAAACCACUCCCGGCGGCACCUUCGCCAUCAUCACAACACCUGCACCGCGGAGACUCAAUAAGAACCUCCUGCCCCUCAUGCGGCUACGAUGUCACCACCACGAUCCAAGCUCCAGCCUCAGAGGAGGCGCAGCGCAUGAUCUCAGACCUGCAGGCGCAAGUCAAACUUCUCAACUCGAAAGCCGCCGCCGCGGUCGAUAGGCUGGCAGACUAUGAGGACCAACUGGGCGCGCUGCGGGCAGAGCAGUCGCAGCAGCAGCAGCACGGGCAAGCCAAUGGACGGAACAGUGGAGACCAGCAGAUGCUGCCACCGCCGCCACCUUCAGCCAUAGACACCACCUCCCUCGCCGCCCCAUGGCAACACCUCCGACCGCCACUCCACCAAACAAACUCCGCCCCUGCCCCUCUUCCCCAAUCUGCUUCGACAGAACCGACUCUGCACUCACUUCAAGCCACUCUUACCACAGAGCGUACCCUGCGCGAGCGCGCCGAGUCGACUCUAAACCAGACCCAACUGGAGCUGGAAGAGCUCACGGCGACGCUCUUUGGGCAGGCGAAUGAGAUGGUGGCUGAGGAGCGGCGGGCGAGGAGCAAAUUGGAGGAGAGGGUGAGAGUCUUGGAGAGGAGGGAACGGGAGAGGGGGGAGAGGUUGAAGAGGUUGGAGGGACGAAUUGAGAGGGUUGAGCGGGUCAGGGGUCUUGUUGGUUGA